AUGCUUAGCGUAAAUUUUGGUGGCCUUUCCUGUGAGUCUUGUAAGGCUUUCUUUAGACGAAAUGCGUUCAGAAGUGAUGAAUUUCACUGCCAUUUCGACAACAAAUGUGAUGUAAAUCUAAUUACCAGAAAAUUCUGUCGCUUUUGUCGGUUAGAGAAAUGUUUUGCGAUAGGAAUGAGAAAAGGAUGUCUUCUGACAGACAAUGAGAAAGAGUUGAGACAAAAGCGGAUUAAAUCAAGAAAAGGAGAGUUCAAAGAGACCGAAGACAAUGGGAUCGAAAAUGUGGUCGACUCGACCACCGGUACUAAACGAUCAGCUGAUGUGGCCUUUGAAGACAACAGUCAGAGCGAUGGCAAUACUGAUAACAGUCAGGAAAGUAGUGACACAAUCGAUAACAAUGACAUCACACAAGACAUUACGCCAUACAUAGGGUUAGAGAAGACGACCACUUUUAUGUUGUCAAUUGUUUCCAUCGACAGACCCGUUGUCGACAACAAUCGCACAUUCAAUGAAUUGGAGGCCAAGAAGUUAAGCAAUUUGUUGAGCGCGUCGGCGGUCAUGAAACGGCCCAAAGGGUUGGCGCUCGAGUCGGAAGCGUCGGGUCUUCUAGAAGUAUGUCAAGUGUUUUCCACCAAAAUGGAGGAAGAGGUGCAAAAAGUGAUCAAACUGUCGCAAAGACUCAAUGAUUUCAACGGCAUCUGCGAAGAAGAUAGGCUCCAACUCAUCAAAUACGGCGCCCCAGAGAUUGUCUUCUUUCGGCUCAACAAUGGCAUCAAUUAUGGCACAGAUUUCUUCGUCAUUACUCUUGAUAACAACACCUCAACGAUAGUUAAGUAUGAAUUGUUUGAUUCAUCGAUGGAUGACUUUAACAGUUCCAUCAGAGGUUACGCCCAACGAAUAACACAUGAAUACGAUUUGGAUCCCAUUAUACAAGACUUGGUAAACAUAGUUAUUACCGUAUUCUGUCACAUAAACGCCCAUGGGUUAACAGCGAUAAUACUAUUCAAUCCGAAUCGGAAUAAUCUUAAUCACAGAAGUAUUAUAAAAUGCCAACGAAAUGUCUACAUAUAUCUACUGAGACGUUAUCUGCAAAACAAAUACGGGUCCCAAUGGGUGUCCGAUCAGAAGUUUGUGCAACUGAUGAACCUAUUGGUUGAGUUGCGAGUGCUGUGCAAAAGUUAUUACCAGAGAGUCCACGAAUGCAUACCCCAUAGCUUUACGCCACUACUCAAAGAGAUCUACGAUUUGCCCCAAAAUGCCAUCACCGGCACCUGUGAUGACACAACCGCUUAUUAUACGUGUUUCAAAAAUGUGCUUCAAUUGGGUUCCGCCUCCCAAUCGGCGGGCUCUUCAAACAGUUUCGCUUUGGCCUCCGAUUUGGUCGCUUUUGGUGACCCUUUACUGUCGGCAGCGCUUCCGUUGCGGCCGUCAACCACUUUAGUCUUUUUGUGGGGAUUGGGUGUCGAUAGCGGCGACGCUCUGGACUUUGAUUGGCGUUUCGCGUGA